AUGAAAGUUUUGGAUUCUUUCAAUACGACAUCCGACCGAGCAACCAAUGCGAGCUCAGGCGCAUAUUACAGUGCUCUCGCCAUCCGGGGCACAGGCAUGGAGAUUCCUUUUGGUGAUGGGCCAGACUGCGCCCACCAGACCUUUAACCGCCGAGACCAUGACGACUACUCUCGGGGUACCAUUGAUGAACUUUUAGAAGCCAUUGUUGAUAGCGUCUUCAUGGACAUCAAGUGCCUCAAGUUAGAGAACUGGAGUGCUACCCGGAAGCCCACCGACAUGCCAUCAUACUAUAACGGGAAGAAUACCAUAGGAUUGUUUUUCGAAAAUUGCGAUCAAUCCAUCACCGUCAUAGAUUGGGGACUUCAACUGUGGGUGAUUCUUCUGGGGAUCUGA